GGAACAAUUUCAGGCCCCAUGAUGCCGGCUGUUGGGAUUCCCAUGGGUCAGCCAUUAGGUUCAAUGCACAUGGGGGGCAACUCAAUGCAAAUGGCUAACAGGCCCAUAGGUCCUCCUGGCUCUAUGGGCCCCAUGGGAGGCCCCAUGGGCAUGGGCGGACCAAUGCGUCACACCAACAUGGGCCCCAACAACCCCGGCAGCAUGCCCAUGCACAUGAACACCUCUGGUCCUGUUAGCUAUGGCAUGCGCGUCACCAACAGUCCUGGUGUUCUCUCCGUCACCAACGCUCGGGACAAGGCCGGUGGAGUUAAAUCCACCACAAGCCUCAAUAAACCUAUUGCGUUCUCAAAGCGAGUUGAGAGCUCAGGCCCUGCAGUGACGGUCUUUGUGGGGAACAUCACUGAACGAGCUCCUGACGUCAUGAUCAGGCAGAUCUUGAACACAUGUGGGCCUGUGCUUAGCUGGAAGAGAGUUCAAGGCGCCUCAGGCAAACUACAAGCUUUUGGGUUCUGUGAGUACGGUAACCCUGACAGCGCCCUACGCUCCAUCAGGCUGCUGCACGACUAUGAGAUUGCUGAUAAGAAGCUUGUAGUCAAGGCUGAUGCUAAGACCAAGCAGCUCAUUGAUGAAUACAAGGAAAAGCGUCGCAAGUCUCGUCAAAACGGCAGUGAUUCCAAGCCACCCGGCGAUGGCGAAGAGUCCAAGACAAACGACGACACCAAAAGCUCCUCUGAAGACUCCAAGAAGCCGAACCUGGAUGAGAUGGAGGACGUGGAGGAGGGCAAGAAGGAGCUUAUCACGCGCGAGAUCACGCAGUUCCGUCAGCAGAUGCAGAAACUUGAAGAAGAGAAGGAGAAGGAGCGUCGUCAACGUGAGAAGGAACGCGAGUCUACGCGCGACAGGGACAAGGAGAAGGACCGCGAGAGGGAUAGGGAGCGUGAGAGAGAGAGGGAGAGGGAACGUGAACGCGAACGGGAGAGGGAACGUGAGCGCGAGAGGGAGCGUGAAAAGGAGCGAGAACGCGAGCGUGAACGGGAGCGCGAACGCGAGAGGGAACGCGAACGCGAGCGUGAACGUGAGCGAGAAGAGCGCGCGCCGAGCUCGCGUCGUCACUCGCGCUCGGUGUCGAGGGAGGCUUCAGUGAGCGGCGCGAGCCAUCGAGCGCGGUCACCCGCGACGCCGGACUCUGCGCGACACCGGCGCAAGGAAAAGAGGUCAGCAUCGCCCACCGCACGCAAGAGUGAGAAAGAAGCGUUAAGGGAGAAAGAAGAAGCCCAGGAAGAGAAAGAAAGGAAAGAACAUGAGAGGAAAGUGCGCAAGAAGGAAAUGCAGUAUCAAGAGCGUCUGCGUAACUGGGAAACGAGAGAAUACAAGAAAGCCAAGGAGCUGGAGAGGGAGAAGGAGAAGGACGAACUCAAGGAGCUCGAGAAGCAGAAGGAGGCGCGCCGACUCAAGGAGUAUUUUUCGCCAAUUUAUAAUAGUACAGCAUCAAUUGCCCGUCCUCGUUUCUAACGGGGCCACGCUUUCCAGCGCAAGCUGUCAGACCGAGAGCUGGAGAAGGAGCUGGACAGCAAGGACCGCGCUAAGGAGAAAGAGGAACUGGAAGAACUUCGUAAUAAAAUCAGGGCUGAGGGCCACGAAGAUCCCGAAGGUGCCUUUAAGAAGGCUUGCGAAGAACGCGAUGCGCACUACAAGCCAGUUCCCAUCAUUCAAGUCACCCAGAAAGUCAUUCACGUCGAGGAUAUUUCUGAAUCUCCUCCUCCUCCGCCACACGAUUCCGAUUCCUUUAGCCUCAGGCAAUCGGAUGCUAAAGAAUCCUUAUCCCUACAAAACGCCGGGGACUCGAACCUCAGCUUUCCUCCUAGCGUUCUGGGAGGGGAAGACUCUUUGGACAGCAAAUCAUCCUUACGAUUCACGAGUCUUCGAUCUCCACCCACUGACGGAAAUUCUCUGCCAUCCAACAAUGCACAAUCAUCUAUAUUCCCUCAGUCCGAGGACGAUAUGUUCUCGAAGCAAAACGCAUCUUUAUUGCCAGCGUCAGCACCCGCACCAUCUGCAGCUCCUGCUGCUGACAAGCAAGGCUACAGUUCCGAGUCUGAUGACGGCGACCAGCACUUCGACCGCAGCAUGCCUGAGCCCGAGCCCCACGAUGAUCCGCCUGUGUCUGAGAGGAACGACUCUAAUCCACUGCAACCACCAAAGAGAAAGAAAAUAGACAUCAAAGACGUGUUUAACCAAGACGACGAGGACGCGCCUGUCAAGAAGCGCAGACUGCCGUUGCCUGGCAAGGACAGAUCAGGCGGCGCUGGCAAGGAGAAGGGCGGGGAAGACAAGCGCCGCAAUAUUAAGAACCUCAUCGACAGAAUACCUACCACCAAAGAGGAGCUCUUCGCCUACCCUAUUGAUGCUUCGCUCGUUAAUAAUGUGCUGAUGGAGAAGCGGAUCAGGCCCUGGAUCAGUAAGAAGAUCGUUGAAUACAUUGGAGAGCCGGAACCAACAUUGGUUGACUUCAUCUGCUCAAAAGUGCUGCUCGGCUCUGAGCCCGAAAGUUUGCUCAACGAUGUACAAAUGGUUCUGGACGACGAAGCUGAGGUAUUCGUGGUAAAAAUGUGGCGGCUGCUCAUCUAUGAAAUCGAGUCUCAGAAACAGGGGCUUGCCAAGUCAUAAUAACUGACACAAUUCGACAAGAACUCCUAGAUUUUUUAUUGGUUCCCGCCAUGCUUCACUUGCUGGUGACUGCGUUCUUGUUAAGUCCGUUUCUUGAGCGAGCUAAUCAUUCGUGGGGCUCACUUGUGCCUCAAAUAUAUGAAGUUACGUGACCAUAAUGAAUGCUUGUUGAAAACCCCUCCAUCUUGUCAUAUGAAAAUUAUUUUUAUUCAUAAAACAUUCUGUUAAUUGUAAUUUUUUUAGAUAUACUGUCAAGAUACCGAGUAUCUUCAGCUACCUGUGUUGUCAUUGAACAUUUAUCACUGCGUCACUCCCGUUAAUUCUCAUCCUGAAAUUUUCAUUUUUAUAGGCUGAUACGGAUGAAAAUAAAAACUUUCUAAAUCGUUCAUUUCUUAAAGCAAUGAUGUUGUAGUAUUGUAUGAAAGUAAUUAGAUUGUCACUGUGCACGCUCAGUCAUUCCGUUCUUCGUUUAUGUUUUUCGUACCUCUUAUAGGCACCUGGUCCCCUACCACAACUUUCGUUUCGGCAAUAUUUAAUUGUGCUUCGAGUAAAAAUUUUGAUUUUGAACGCUAUCUACUAAACUGUUAAUGACCCUAAAAUAAUGUUUCUAUUUGCUUUCGGACUCUGUCAAAUAUUAAAACUCAAUUUUGGAA